AUAAAUGGAAUUGAAGUAUAAAGUGGUUGUAUAAUAAAUAUUAGUUAAAUAAAUGCAUUUCAUGUUUCAAGAAGGAAAACAUGUGCAAAAUGAGUUGAUGGUUCUUAAUUUGGUUUGUUAUAGGCCCUUUAAAUUUUUGUUAUAGUAUAAAUAUAAAAUUUGUAGACUAGUUAGUUCUAGAGAUGGUGGCAAAAUAGGAAAGUAUCCCCGUUCACGACAGUAUUCGUAGAGGAACCUGUUAGAAAAUUCCUUGGUUUUGCCAACAUCUGACCAGUCGACCGCUGGUUGAGCUUGAUUUACGCUCACGUGAUAAGUAUACGGCGUUUGGGGUCGGCCCGGUUGGGGUUACCAGUAAAUCUACCUUCUGGUUCUUUGGAUAUGAAAUUUUUGUACUUUGUAGGAUGAAGAUUAUGUUAUAUUAAAUGUGAUUUGCAUGUUAAGAGAUGAUAAUCAAUGUAGACUUAGAGAAAGGGAUCAUGUACCCAUCAAAGCAGAAACAAAUCUUUAACCUUCCCGGGGAUAUCUCACAAUCAUCAUCACCGUCUUCUACAUCUGCUCCUGCACUAGUACUUACAUCUUCUGGAAAGCGGAUAGAUCAGGCUGGAAAGAAAAAAUACGUAAAGCAAGUGACAGGUAGACACAAUGAUACAGAGCUGCAUUUAGCAGCCCAACGUGGUGACCUUGACGCUGUGAAACAAAUUCUGGAUGAAAUUACUUCGCAAAUGGUGGGAACGUUAAGUGGAGCUGAUUUUGAUGCCGAAGUUGCUGAUAUCCGGUCAUCCGUAGUAAAUGAAGUGAAUGAGUUGGGAGAAACAGCAUUGUAUACGGCUGCAGAAAAGGGACAUCUUGAGGUUGUGAAAGAACUUUUGCAGUAUACGGAUAAAGAAGCACUUACAAGAAGAAGCCGCUUGGGAUUUGAUACUUUGCAUGUAGCUGCUAGUCAUGGACACCAUGCCAUAGUCAAAUUGCUACUUGACCACGACAUAUCACUAUGCCAGACAAGAUCACAAGGAAAUGCAACUCCUCUAAUUACCGCAUCUUCAAAAGGGCAUGCUGCUGUUGUUCAAGAGCUACUGGCAAAGGAUCCUAGCUUGUUAGAUACUCCAAGAUCCAAUGGUAAAAAUGCAUUGCAUCUGGCAGCAAGAUCGGGUCAUGUUGAGAUUUUGAAGACACUGCUUGAAAAGGAUCCACAACUGGCCAGAAAAACAGACAAUAAGGGCCAAACCGCAUUGCAUAUGGCUGUAAAAGGCGCAAACAGUGAGGUAGUUCAGUUGCUGCUGGAGGCUGAUGCUGCUAUUGUAAUGCUGCCUGAUAAGUUUGGUUUCACUGCAUUGCAUGUUGCUACGAGAAAAAAGAGAGCCGAGAUAGUAAACGUGUUGCUUAGUCUCCCUGAUACCAACGUUAAUGCACUAACCAGAGACCACAAAACUGCACUCGACAUAGCGGAAGGGCUUUCCCUAUCAGAAGAAUCGGCGGACAUAAAAGAUAGCCUGAUCCGUCGUGGUGCAGUCCGAGCCAAUGAACUGAAUCAACCAAGAGAUGAGCUAAGAAAUACUGUGACCCAGAUCAAAAACGACGUCCACAUCCAGCUCUUACAAACCAAAAAAACAAAUAAAAACGUCCAUGGAAUUGCUAAAGAGCUGAGAAAACUCCAUCGUGAAGGGAUCAACAAUGCCACCAAUUCAGUUACUGUGGUGGCUGUGCUUUUUGCUACUGUUGCAUUUGCUGCUAUAUUCACGGUUCCUGGUGGGGACAACGACGAUGGGAUGGCAGUGGUGGUCCACCGAAUUUCUUUUAAAAUCUUUUUUAUAUUCAACGCUAUUGCUCUUUUUACUUCUUUAGCAGUGGUGGUUGUUCAGAUCACAUUGGUUAGAGGUGAAACAAAAGCUGAAAGAAGGGUGGUUGAAGUCAUCAACAAGCUUAUGUGGUUAGCUUCUGUGUGCACUUCUGUGGCAUUUAUGGCCUCAUCUUAUAUAGUCGUGGGUCGAAAGUAUGAAUGGGCUGCCAUUUUGAUUACAGUAGUUGGUGGUGUUAUAAUGGUGGGAGUGCUUGGAACAAUGACAUAUUAUGUGAUUAAGUCGAAAAAAACUCGUUCAAUGAGAAAGAAGGAGAAGAUUGCAAGGAGUGGGACGACCUCGUGGAUGCCUUCUGAGUUUUCUAACUCGGAUGUUGAAAGAAUAUAUGCUAUUUGAGCUACAAAAACUUGUUCAACACUCCAAUGAUGUCUAUAGUUAGAUGUAGUUAUCAAAUGUCCUGUAGUUCUUGAAGUGGGAACAACUAAGGUACAUUUUGUUGAUUUGUUUUUGGCCUAAAAGCUCAUUUGGUAUGUUGGUAUAGCAAGGUUGAGAGUUUUUUUUU